GACCGGGUGAACGAGUACGCGGAGAAACACGUGAAGACGAAGGACCCGUACCGGGAGGACGUGGGGGGCGGGAAGACGAGGAAGUUGAAGUUGCGGGACAGCGCCACGAAGGAGGAGCAGAAGAUGUGGAAGUGGGUGCAGCGGCGGGCGUGGGUGGACGACAAGUGCUUCAUGGGGUGCUACCCGGUGGACUGUGGGGUCGGGCUCGGGCCGUUGGUGGUGGCGUUGCCGUGCAUUGGCCCGCUGCUCAUGUACGCGGUGCACGCCCGGCUGACGACGAGGGCGGGGAUGUUCUUCAACCUGGACGCCAAGACCGUGGCGAAGUUGAACGCCAACAUCCUCUUCGACCUCUUCCUGACGUUCCCGCCCGUAAUCGGCUCCUUCUUCUCGUGGAUGAACGGCUGCUCGUCCCGGAACGCCGCCAUCAUCCACUCCGAGGUCACGAAGAUGCUUCUCCGCCGGGAGCAGGCGCAGCGCCAG